AUGGCCGAACGCUCCCAACCCAAAAGCCCCAACCCCGAACACCAGCCAAAUGACGCCCCAGAGAUGAAAGACCCUGUUCAGCCCGGGUCCUCCGACAUUGACGAAAGAAUGACCCGGGAUUAUAAGGAGGCCAUCGAUAAAACGAAUAUCAUCAACGAAGAACGCCUUCGCCACGUAAAGCCCCAAUCCUCUACGGCCUACCGCGAACCAUCCGAGGAGGAAAUUGAUAUUUCUUGGCGGCCUGAUCCAUCAGGACAUCCGCGGAGGACGUUCUAG